AUGGCCUCAAACUCGAAGGUCCGCUCUCGCUCUGUCAAUGACAGGCCCAACGCUGUCAAUGUCGCUCGCCCGGUGCGCGCUCGCCGCCGUUCUUCACAGCAGUCCCAGCAGUCCUCCAACGCUGACGAGAGCAGCCACAAGACUUUUGCUGAUGCUAUUGCGCAUCUUUUGCCUGCUGCAGGAGUCGUAUCUAACUCUCGCACUGCCACAGAGCCUGUGGUGAUCGAGGACAGCGACGACGAGGCUGAAUCAUCGGCCUAUCCUGUUACACCCGUCUCUCCAGUCGCUCCCACUUUUUCGCCUUUGACUCCUGCUGGUGUCAACGAUGAAGUUGGCGCUGAUUCUGUUCGUGAGAAGAACACUCCUGAACGCUCUCCAACCCGCAAGUCCAAGAAGCGUAAGGCCACUGAGGAGAUUCCAGCCACUCCGCCUCCUCGUAGAUUGCGUCUGAGAAGCCGUCAAAGUACUGCAACCUCUAAGACCACCUCUGAACCCAAGAAAACUCCGAUUCCGAUCCUGAAGGCGCCCAAGUCCGCUUCUACAACCAAGGGCAAGGGAAGAGCCGUUUCUGCUGCAGAGAGCACUGCUCAGAUCGCGACCUCCUCUGCAGAUGACUCUACAGUCCUGGAAGGCGCCAAUGUCCCUCAGAUCACCAACCCACUCCUUGCUCUGGCACGCAACAUCCAGAACCCCAGCGACUUCAUCCACUCAAUCAUCGAAAGCGACGCCCUUACCCUCGACUCCGAUCAACGCGGUCCCAGCAAUGCUGCAGAGAAGAUGUCCGCUCUCAAGCGCCGCAGGAACAGAAUCGCAAUGCUCGUACACCAGAUGCUCAGACGCCAGCGUGCUUUGAUCCACAGCUACGACACGUACGACGUCCAGACCUAUAACCCCGGCGACAGCGUGGAUCCUAGCACUGCCGCACUGAGGUAUUUUGUUGGCGUUCUGAGAGAGGGCUUAGACGAGGUGGAGUCUACAUGUAAUGCAAUUCUUGCUGAACUAGAUGACCAGAUCAAUAAUGCUUGA